CACAGCUCAGUGAGCAAUGAAGAACAAGAUGAGAACUUUGCUUCUCAUUGUGCUCUUCUUCUUGAGUUCUUGGCCAUGGAGCAUCAAUUCCAGAGAGUUCACAGACCAAGAGGACAACAGGAGAAACCUUCUCUCCAAUGGCCUUGGUUUGACUCCUCCCAUGGGAUGGAACACUUGGAAUCAUUUUGGAUGCAACAUUGAUGAGAAAGUCAUCAGAGAAACUGCUGAUGCUCUGAUAACUAGUGGCCUUGCAAAACUUGGAUACCAUUAUGUCAAUAUUGAUGAUUGUUGGGCAGAGCUUCAUCGUGAUUCACAGGGUUAUUUGGUACCCAAAAAAGCGACUUUUCCAUCAGGUAUUAAAGCACUAGCUGAUUAUGUUCAUAGCAAAGGGCUUAAGCUUGGAAUUUAUUCUGAUGCGGGGUAUCUAACAUGUAGCAAGACAAUGCCGGGGUCUCUUGGUUAUGAAGAGAAAGAUGCCAAUACUUUUGCAGCAUGGGGUAUUGACUACUUGAAAUAUGAUAACUGUAACAAUGGAGACACAAAGCCAAUGGAGAGGUAUCCUGUCAUGACUCGGGCACUGAUGCAGACUGGUCAUCAAAUUUUCUUUUCUCUUUGUGAAUGGGGUGACAUGCAUCCUGCAUUCUGGGGUGCAAAUGUAGGGAAUAGCUGGAGAACAACUAAUGACAUAACUGAUACAUGGACUCAAAUGAUCUCCGGAGCUGAUCAGAAUGAAGUGUAUGCAUCAUAUGCAAGACCUGGUGGCUGGAAUGAUCCCGACAUGUUAGAAGUAGGAAAUGGAGGGAUGACUUUCGAGGAGUACAAAGUGCAUUUCAGUAUAUGGGCCAUUUCAAAGGCUCCACUUAUCAUCGGAUGUGAUGUAAGAAAUAUGUCGAAAGAAACAAUGGAAAUUCUAGGUAACCAAGAAGUCAUUGCUGUCAACCAAGAUCAUCUCGGUGUUCAAGCUAAGAAAGUUAGAAUGGAAGGAAAUCUUGAGAUUUGGGCUGCUCCUCUGUCUGGAUAUCGAACAGCUAUUGUUCUUGUUAAUCUUGCUGAUAAUUUUGGCUCUCCUGAUAAUGUUAUUGUCCAUUGGGAUGAUAUCGGUAUUCCUCCCGAUACUAUUGUACAAGCAAGAGAUCUCUGGGAGCACAAGACUUUGAAGCAGCAUUACGUCAAUAAAAUGUCGGCUCAUGUAGGCAUUCAUCAAUGCAAAAUGUUCGUCUUAACACCGAUUUCCAAACAUUAAGGUAAUCAAUCUAAAGUGAUUGAUUUAUUAAUAAAUUGUUAAGAAAUUGUUCUUCCAAGUGUAUGUACUUUGAAGGAACUGUUCUAGGGUUUCAGUUUGUGCCAAACUUGUCAAAUGUUCACGUGGAAGUGACAUUAUAUUAUUGUUUAUUAAUGCAUAAAUAUCUUCUUGGUAUUGUGUUUUUUA